ACAUUUCCGGGAGUGAGAAUGCUAUUAACUUGGAGUUUUUCGAGGUUCAUUUGUCUUUUAAAAAGCAUAAUUUUAGUUUCAUAUAUUAAUUAUAAUAUAUCGUUUGAAGAAUACAGUCAAAAUGAAUAAAUCAAGAACAGCAAGUACUCCAUUGGAGUGACGUAGUGGUCCGCUCCUCCUCUCUGCUAUUUACGUUGAGAAGUUAGUCAAACUCCGAGAAGCUAAUGUCACCUAGCCGCCUGCGUUUUCCACUGAACUUACUUCGAUCGGACGGUUUUUAAGCGACAUUUUGAGCGUGGGGGUAACAACUUUGUGCAGCAACAAUGCAGCUUUGUUAGAGUCAGGAUGAGAUGGACGAGGCGAGAAGAAGACCCCCCUCAGAUGGGAGAGCCUUUGGAGAAGCAUCCGCCUGUUUCUCCUGUUCUCCUACACAUGACUCCUCAGCUGAGCUCUGGCACAGCACCCCCGUCAAGAAGAAAAAUGGUGGUGCUCCACUGGAUGUCAGCAAAAACUCUGUCCUAACCAGCCUCCAGAUGGACGGCACAACAAAACGCUGGACAGAGAGGACCCCUCCUCUCCCAACAGACACCCCAUGUCCCCGCAACUCUCUGGACACUGAGUCUCCUGUGAACGACCUGAGUGGCUCCACCAUCCAGAGGCAGAGGAGGGAGCUGCAGCUGCUGAUGGCUGAGCUGAGGGACCGGGACCGGGAGCUGAACACGAUGGCUGCCUCCCAUCAUCAGCAACUUCAUGUCUGGGAACAAGACCGCCAGAGGGUGCUGACCUUGGAGCAGAGGUGUUCCCGUACGGAUGAUGAGUUGCACAAGCGUAAUGAGGUGAUCCGGGUCCUGACUAAGCGAGUGUGGGCGGUGGAAACCAGGGAGAGGGAGGUCCAGAAGGAGCUCAGUGCAGCCCAGCAGCAGCUCUGUGAGCUUGAACAGAAACAGCAGCACUCCAGCCUAAAAUGCCAAGACUUUGAGGACGUGUUUAUUCUGCCUUUAUGGUUAAGUGUCUCUGGUGUCUUUAAGGAGAAGAACCAAAGUCUCAACUCGACGCUCAUGGCUCUGUCCACUCAAGUCGGCUCUCUGCAGGUCAGGGAGGAAGAACUGAGUUCCAUGCUCAAACUCAAGGAUACAGAUGUGACUCAGUCCUCGAGUCAAAUACUUGAUCUCACAGGGCGCCUACGAGACCUGGAGACGUCGCUAACGGAGAGUCGCUCCAGGGAAACCAGGUUCCUGAGAGACUCUGAGGAAAACAAACGGCGUUACAGAGAAGCAAGACAUGAGGUCACACACCUUAAAGAGGAGCUACAGCAGCAGAUAUCACAGAGCAGCACUCAGAGGGAGGAGAUCAUUCGUCUCAAACAGGAGCUCCAGCUGCUCCACAGAGAUCUGGCUUUGUCAGGAGAGGGCGACAGCUGGAAAGACGAGUUGCUGGAGCUGUCUCGCUCCAAACAGGAACGCUCCAUGUCGGAAGUCCGCUGCCUACGACAGGUGUGUGAGAAUCAGAGGAAUGACAUGCAGCUGCUGCAGUUAAACCUGGAAAGUGCCCGUGAAACGCUGCGGGAGAAAACCAGUCAGCGGCUACUUGGCAGCCAGGAGGAGUUGACGUGUAACUGCCUGCUCGGCCAAUCAUCUUCAUCGAUCAGAGUGAAGAACUCAGGAUACGUACAUGAUACGUCCACUUUACCAGGAGCCUGUGUUACCGCGAGCAACGAGCUGGGAGUCCUCUCAGCACACAGGACGGAUGCGGGCAAUCCUCUGUCCAGCAGUUAUCUGCAGCAGCUGGUCAACGAAGCCAUGCACAGCAGCUUUAGAACCCACAGCUCAGCACACAACACUGGCCCUGCCUUGAGCUGCAGGACCACUGAACCCUCUCACACCCAGAGGUGCCCGUCACCCCAACAUCACCACCACCACCCCCCCCCCUACAACCUCGCUACACAAGGCCGGUGAAACUCCACCCAAAGCCUGCCCUCGACACAUCAUCAGCCAGCCGUGUGGAUGGCUCGACACCGACUGAAGAACUGAUUCUGUUUAGUGGAAACCUCACUAUUUACCGAAGUGACACCAUUGACUAGACAUUAAAGCACUGGAGUCAGAUUAAAACAAAAUCAGUAUUAUUACAUUAAAAAGACUCAAUCGGAAACAGUGUGUACACAGCUAAAGGUUGAACUGUUCUGCCUCUCAGGAAAAUUAUGAAGUGAUUAAAAGAUAUGGUUUGUCAUGACAUUGCAAAACAUUUUUAAAUAUAUACUCAUUUUUAUUGUAUUAUUUAGUGUUUGUGUAUCACAGUGUAUAUUUUAAACAAAUGGGUUGUUUCUUACAUGCAGGUAUUGUGUAUUUUUUAAAUCCAGUUAAAGGUUUUUAAUGGCUGCAAGGUGUGAAGUAGGUGAGAUGUGAAACCAGUCCUACAGGGCUGUUGAGUGGUGUGUCCUUGCAUUGUCUUUCCAGUUUCACUGCCUCCAGAUUACUCGGGUGAGUCAGUGGUGAGGUCUGUAGCUGUUCAUUGUAUCUCUGCCAUCGUGUCACUACCUUUUUGAUAAAAUAUUUUAACGCAAA